AUGGCUAGAUUAGAUAGAAAACGUUCAUUGGAACCAGAAAAUGGUAGAUCUACCAAAAGGGUUAAACAUACUGGUAGAUCUUUCAACUCUUUUAAAAACUUACCAAAGAUCAAUGAGAUCCCAAAGGCUAAAACACAGCAAUUAGAUAUUUUUGUUUUCGGUUCAGGUUCAAUGUGUGAAUUAGGGCUAGGUCCAGCUGCUAAGAACAAAGAAGUCAAAAGACCAAGAUUGAAUCCUUAUUUGAAAGAUAAAGGUAUUGUUGAUUUUGCCGUUGGUGGUAUGCAUACACUUGCUCUAGAUGAUAAAAAUCAAGUUUGGUCAUGGGGUGGUAAUGAUUCAGGGGUUUUAGGUAGAGAUACUUCAAAAGUUAAAGAACAAUUGAAAGAUAUGGAUGACGCUGGUAGUGAUGAUGAUGAGGAUGGUGAUUUAAAUGAAGCUGAAUCUACCCCAGGUUUAGUUGAAGGAUUACCAAAAGAUUUAAAAGUUGUUCAAUUAGCUGCCACUGAUAAUUUAUCUGCUGUUCUUUUAGAAAAUGGUGAAGUUUAUGCUUGGGGUACUUUCAGAUGUAAUGAAGGUAUCUUAGGUUUCAAAAAUGAUAUUACAAAACAAUCAACUCCUGUUAAAAUUGAUGAAUUUAAAGAAAUAACACAAUUAGCUUCAGGUAAAGAUCACAUUUUAGGUUUAGAUACCAAAGGUGUUGUAUUUGCUUGGGGUAAUGGUCAACAAUUACAACUAGGUAGAAGAAUAUCAGAACGUAAUAAAUUAAAAACUUUAGAACCAAGAGAAUUUGGUCUUGCAGAUGUUGUUUAUAUUUCAAGUGGUGAAUUCCAUUGUUUUGCUAUAACAAAAGAUGGUAAAGUUCUUACAUGGGGUUUAAAUCAAUAUGGUCAAUGUGGUGUUUCAUCUGAAUUAGAAGAUGGUUCAUUAAUUUCAGUUCCAACUGAAGUUGAAGAUUUAGCUGAUAAAAAAAUUGUUCAAAUAGCCGCAGGUGAACAUCAUACAUUAGCUUUAUCAGAAGAUGGUUCAGUUUAUGCUUUUGGUAGAAUUGAUAUGUUUGAAAUUGGUAUUGCUAAAAAAGAUUUACCAGAAUCAACAUUCAGAGAUGUUCAUGGAAAUGCAAGAUCAGUUCCAGUUCCAACUAAGAUUCCAAACUUACCAAAAACUAGAAACAUUGCCGUUGGCUCUCAUCAUUCUUUGGCUAUUACAGAAGAUGGUGUUGUAUUUGCAUGGGGCUUUGGUGAAACUUAUGCUAUUGGGUUAGGUCCAGCUGGUGAAGAUGUUGAAACUCCUACAAGAAUUAAAAACACAGCUACUCAAGAUCAUGAUAUACAAUUAAUUGGCGCUGGGGGUCAAUUUUCAGUUAGUGGUGGUGUUAAAUUAUCCGAUGAAGAAACCGAAAAGAGAGAAGAUAAAUAUGAAGAUGCUGAAUAA